AUGUACACUCUCAUGAAUCAGAAUUCUUGUCCAAAAGUACAUCCUGGAAAACUCAACAUACACAUGGUAGCGCAUACUCACGACGAUGUUGGUUGGUUGAAAACUGUUGAUCAGUACUAUUAUGGAAGUCGGCAGUAUAUACAGAAAGCAGGUGUUCAGUUUAUAUUAGACUCUGUGAUAGAAGCCUUACUACAAAAUCCAGAAAGGAGGUUUAUUUAUGCGGAAACUGCAUUUUUUUGGAAAUGGUGGCUGCAUCAAAAUGAGAAAGUGAAGACGUCCGUGAAACAUUUAGUUGACGAAGGAAGGCUAGAAUUCAUUGGCGGAGCGUGGACCAUGAAUGAUGAGGCCGUUACAUAUUAUCAAUCGACUAUUGAUCAGUUCACUUGGGGUCUCAGACUAUUGAAUGACACAUUUGGUGAAUGUGGACGUCCUAAAAUUGGUUGGCAAAUCGACCCCUUCGGUCAUGCAAAAGAACAAGCUUCGAUGUUUACACAAAUGGGAUACGAUGGUUUGCUUUUCGGUCGCUUGGAUUAUGCAGACAAAAAAAAGCGCUUACAAGAAAAAAAUGGUGAAUUAAUUUGGAAGAGCAAUCCUAGCUUAGGCGAUGAUGCUGAUUUAUUUACAUCAGUUCUUUUCCAUCUUUACCAGGCACCAACUGGGUUUUGCUUUGACGUACUCUGUAAAGAUGAGGUAUUAAUUGAAGACCCAGAUAGUCCUGAAUACAAUAUUGAUACCAAGGUUGAAGAAUUCUUGGCUGCUAUGAGAUAUCAAAGCGAGAGUUACAAAACAAAUAAUAUCAUAAUAACAAUGGGUGGAGACUUUAAUUACCAGCAUGCUCAACUAUACUUUGGAAAUAUGGAUAUACUAAUAAGAAAUAUUAAUGCUCGAAAUGGGUCUGACUACAACAUCAUCUACUCAACACCAGCCUGUUACUUAAAAGCAUUAAAUGAUCUUAACGAAACUUGGCCAAUAAAGAAUGAUGACUUUUUCCCGUACGCUAGUGAUAAAAACUCGUAUUGGACUGGAUAUUAUACUUCUAGACCGGCACUUAAGUUCUUUGAAAGAUUGGGAAAUAAUUUUUUACAAGUUGUGAAGCAAAUGUCAGCACUACAUAACCUCGCUUCUGAUCAUAUAAAAUUGGAUAAAUUUCGAGAAGCUAUGGGUGUUUUGCAACAUCACGAUGCAGUUACUGGUACUGAAAAACAACAUGUUGCUAAUGAUUACGCACAAAUUUUACACAAGAGUAUCAAAGGCGCAGAAGAAAUUACCUCAAGGGUGAUGAGGGGGUGGUUGAAGAAAGAGAAAAGUUCCAGUAAAUUAUCACCUGAGUUUCAUUCUUGUCUUUUGCUCAAUAUUAGUGCCUGUUAUGAUACAGAAAACAACAAAAAUUUUGUUGUAACCUUGUACAAUCCAACCAGUCAGCCGCUUAAAACUUAUGUUCGGAUUCCUGUUUCUAAUACAGGAUACACUGUUAAAAAUUAUUUGGGAACUGAGAUUUUGACUCAAGUUGUACCAGUUCCACUUACUGUGGAAAGAACUCCAGGCCGUGAGAGUAAAGCUAGAUUCGAAUUAAUAUUUUCGGCCAUUGGAACACCACCUUUAGGUUUUCAAUCUUUCUAUAUCAGUGAGAUAAAUCGAAAACCUUUAGAUGAAGCAAACAACUAUUCUAGAAAUGAAACGGCUACAUUUAUAGGCAGCGACAUGUAUCAUAUUUACGUCGAUAAAAGUGGUAAUAUUAAGAUUCAAUCGAAGUUGAAAAAGAACCUCAGUUUUAAACAAUCAUUUUCUUAUUAUGAAGGUUCUUCACCGCGAACAAAUUUCUAUCCAGCUAAAAAUUCUGGUGCCUACAUUUUCAGGCCAAUGGAAGAAACAGAAGCUGUUGCGUUUAAUUAUACAGGGAGUUACAGCAUUUUUAAGGGACCUUUGGUGGAAGAACUUCAUAUCAAUAUUAAUAAUUGGAUCAGUCAAGUUGUGAGAGUUUAUAGUGGACAAAAUCGUAUCGAAUUUAAUUGGCUCGUUGGGCCCAUCAAUACCACGGGCGAUGUUGGUCGAGAAGUUGUGACCAGAUACACUACAAACUUGAAAUCUGAAGAAAUAUUUUAUACGGAUAGCAAUGGGCGACAGAUGAUAAAACGAAAGAGAAAUUUUAGACCUACUUGGAACCAAACAUUCCAUGAACCAAUUUCAUCAAAUUAUUAUCCUAUUACAACCAAAGUAUAUCUACAAGAUUCAAAAAGUGAAUCAAAAAUGACUGUUCUCACUGAUAGAUCAGAAGGAGUCACAAGCCUUAAAGACGGGGAAUUAGAAUUGAUGUUGCAUAGAAGGUGUUUAAUGGACGAUGGGUUUGGAGUAUUGGAAGCUCUUGAUGAACAGGCAUUUGGAGAAGGAUUAGUGGUUCAGGGUCAACAUUCUAUACUUCUAGGAAAUAAUUCAGAUGAAUCUGUCGUGGAAGAAAAAAAUCAAGCUCUGCAAACGUCUCUGAAACCUUGGAUUUUUAUUACUCCUAUUGAAAACAUUUCUUUUGAGGAUUGGAAAAAUAAUUUUAACAUGAAGGCUUAUAGUCUCAAUAAAGCUGUGCCUCGAAAUGUUCAUAUUUUAACAUUAGAACCGUGGAAGGACGAUAGUAUUUUGCUAAGAUUGGAACAUAUUUUCGAAAUUGGUGAAUCUGUAAAAUACUCAAUUCCAGUACAAGUCAAUAUAAAGGAUUUAUUCUCAGAAUUUACAAUAGUAUCAAUCAAAGAAACAAAUCUAUCUGGAAAUCAAUGGCGUAAAGAUGUGAAUCGUAUGAAGUGGCAGGCUGAAACUGAAAAUAAAUUGAGUCAAUCAGAGAAGAUUACUGUUCGGAAAUUACAUUAUAGAAAGGGACGAAAUUCUAAUCAUAUGAAUAAUGAUCCAUUUAAUAUUGAUCUCAAACCCAUGGAAAUCAAAACAUUUAUUGUAAAAAUAGCUCUUCAUAAGGGCUUGGACUAAUUGUAAAUCCAAUUAGCCACACAGUAAAAAUAAAUACUCAAAGUUGAGAAACCUUUCAAGUGGU